GUUGCAACCGGAAUUAUCAGAAAGGACGCAUCAAAUAGAGAUUAUUUUAAUGAGCAUUCAGGCAUUAGGAUAUCCGGUGUUCGAACAUUGAAUGCCCCGAAAUUCAUCGAUUCAAUGUCCAGCACCAUACUAACUAAUUUUGUACUUUAUGCAGUCUCUAUUG